AUGUCUAAGCUUCUCGUCGUCUUCGGAGCCACUGGCCACCAAGGCAGUUCAGUGAUAAACUACGUACUCAACGACCCAGAGCUCUCACAAGAGUACAAUAUCCGCGCCAUAACGCGCACCACAAAUUCCGAAAAAUCGCAACAGCUCAAAGAGAAGAAAGUCGAAGUUGUAGAAGGCGAUGUCUCAAACCGAGCCUCUAUCGAGAAAGCCUUAACAGGAGCACACACAAUCUUCGCAAUGACAACACCAUCACUCGGCCCCUCCGCACUCGAAACAGAAUACAACCACGCAAAAACCAUUGCAGACGUUGCUAUCGAAAAAGGAGCAAAGUACAUAAUCUUCAGUACACUUCCCUCAGUCGCCAAGAUCUCCGGCGGAAAAUACACCAAGGUGGCUCACUUCGAUGCGAAAGCGAAAGCUGAGCAAUAUAUCCGGAAUCUCCCUAUCAAAAGCGCAUUUAUCGCAUUGGGAUUUUUCAUGGAGAAUCUUCUGCUCAUGCCUUUUCUUGCGCCGCAGGCUGCGCCUGAUGGCAAUUUGGUCUUGAGUUACCCUCUCUCACCGGAGACUAGGUUUCCCAUGGUUGAUGCUACUGAGGACACGGGCAAGUUCGUCGGCGCUAUACUUUCCCAGCCGGAUAAGUAUGAGGGGAAGACUUUCUAUGCAUCUACGAGGCUAUAUAGCUUGGAAGAGAUUACUGCCAUCUUCUCCAAGGUGAUCGGGAAGACAGUUAUCUACAAACGAAUAUCUACGGAGGAGUUCAAGCAGAAUUUGCCCUUCCUGGCUGAUGCUUUUACUGAAGGAUUCAGCUCCAUAGAAGAAUUUGGUGCUUUUGGUCCUGAUACUGAAGAUCUGGUUGCUUGGGCUGCUGAGAACGCCCGUGGAACACUCAGUACCCUUGAGGAGUUCUGGAAGAAGAACACUGUAAAUAGCAUUUUACGGCCCUAUUAG